AUGUCUUCCUUCGGUUUUGAAACAACCGGCGAUGAGAUCGCCGCCAUCUGCUCCAACACAAUUCGAGGCAAGGUUGUCCUCAUAACCGGCCCGUCUCCUGGGAGCCUUGGUGCUGCAUUCGCCACAACUAUUGCUCCACAUGGGCCAGCUUUAAUUAUACUUGCCUCUCGUGACAAUGCGAAGCUUGUCCCAGUCGCCGAUUCAAUCAAAGCCAUUGCACCCACCGUGGCCACUCGUAUCCUUAAGCUCGACCUAGCCUCCCAAACAAAGGUCCGUGAGGCCGCCGCCGAAGUCAAUAGCUAUGAUGAUGUUCCACACAUAGAUGUGCUCGUAAAUAGCUCGGGCAUCAUGGCAGUACCCUACAGUCAGACGACCGAUGGUAUCGAGCUUCAUUUUGGAGUCAACCACAUUGGACACUUCCUCUUCACGAAUCUGAUUAUCAAAAAGUUGGUCUCGACCGAUGGAAUUCAGACUAGCCGCGUGGUGAACGUUUCUAGCAACGGCCACGAAUUGUCUCGUGUGAGAUUUGAGGAUUGGAACUUCGAGCAUGGCCCAUACAAUCGGUGGUAUGCCUAUGGCCAGUCCAAGUCGGCGAACAUGUUAUUCUCGGUCUCGCUUGCUGCGCGAUUUGCGGACAAGGGACUUAUAUCAGUGAGCCUUCAUCCGGGAGUAAUCUACACUAACCUCAGUUCUCACCUUGAAAAUACUGCUUGGCCUGAACUUGCCGAGAUUGGGCGGAAUCUUGCCUUGCCUCGGUUCGGUGGCUUCAAUGCCAAAAGUCAACAGCAAGGUGUCGCAACCUACGUCUUCGCAGCAUUCCAUGAGUCCUUAUCAAUACAGACCAACGGAAGAUACCUUGAAGAUAGUCAAGUCUCGGCUCUGGAAGACUACAAGUGUUGGGGCCGAGACCCUACAGACGCAGAAAGAUUGUGGAAGCUAAGUGAGACACUUGUUAAGCAGAAAUUUGAGUACUAG